AUGAAAAUUUCAGUCAUCAUUUUACUUAGUCUUUGCUUAACUGCUGUCCUUGCUGCAGGUAAAUGCCAAAGCCAUUAAGCAUACUUAAAAGCUAAAGCCUUCCUUUAAGAUAUAGCUAAUGGUAAUAGCUAAGCAGCUACAGAUGCAGUAAACAAAUUUGCUUCCUAUUAUGAAAAUAAAAAUCCUUCAUCAAGCGCCUCAAGUGAUGAUUUAGGUGUUUGCAGCUAAAGUGGUUAAUACUAGGGUCAUUAAUCCUGCUGUGAUGCUAAAAUAACUAAAUUUAUAGAAAAAGUAGUCCUAUUUAAAGUAAAGCCUCUUUAAACUUAGAAUAACAUAGUUAUGAAGUUUUUGAAUGCCUUAGUUAAGAUAAUAAAUAAGCCAGCUUGUUCAGUCAAAUCAGGAGCAACUAAACCAAGUAGCACUAGCGACUUGAUAAACAAUUCUGCUUUGACUAAUUUAUAAGCCCUAAUCAAGGGUCAUAAGACUUGUAAGGUUUAAUUUGCAACUACUAUAGUCUAAUUUACUAGAGGUGCUGUUUGCACAGUUUGUGCAGGAGUUGAUUAACUUUCUAGUUUAUUUGAUAGCAGUGGAAAUUUGAUCAUAAGCUAAUCAAGUGCAGACUAAUUCUAAACUGCAAUCACUGCAAGCCUUCAAUGUUUUAAAGAUGCUGUCUCAUGGACUAGCGUUGGAAGCAAUCCUGGGCUUUAAGCUGUUGUGAAUGAGGUAUUUGCAGCAUAUCUUGAUAACAGUUGCUCAAGUAUUAGUAAUUAUGUCACCAAAAUUCAAACUAUAUUUGCAAGUAAUGGUGGUGUAAAAACUUCAGGUGUUUGUUCGUCUACUACAGUAUUUUAAAAAUAACCAAAUUGUGAAGGAGCCUAGCAAGGAGACUCUACCAUUGAUAGUCAAGUAUCUUCAGCAAGAUUUUUGGAAUAAAUGGGAUUUGAAAAUAUUAGAGUAUUAUAAAGUGCUGAUUCAACAACUUCUUCUAGUGGCGGUGUUAAUAUUCUUGUUACUUCAACAACAGAUUCUUCGAUUGACCCAGAUGGUAAUGUUGACACAACAACUGAUUCACUUGGUAGCUCACUUUUAAGCUCAUUUUUAUUGAGUUCUUUAGCUGUUUUAUUUUUGAUUUUAUAUUGA